AUGACCGCGGAGCGGCCCUGGAGGGGCAAGCCGGUCACGCCAAGCUCGUACGUCGCCGACGACGGCGAGCUCCUUGAGCUUGACGCGGCGAACUUUUGCGCGGCUGGAGCGCUGCUCUGGCACGAGGUGAGCGGCGGAGAGCCGAGGAUGUUGCUCGCCGUCGAGAGGCGCGGCGAGACGACCGGCGCGAAGGCGAAUUUCCUGGGUGGCAAGCGCGACUCCUGGGCUGAGACGCCUCGAGCGGUGGCCGCGCGAGAGUGCUGGGAGGAGACUGGUUAUCUGCUCUCCUCUGCCGCACACGCCGCGAUCGAGGGCGGCGCUAGGCCGGUGGCGUGGGCGCCGCAGUCCAAGCCGCCGAACCCGUUGCACGACUCGACCCUCGAGCGAGUGGAGUCGGUGCCGCUGCGGUGCCUGCUCGACCCGCGCUGGCGGCGCGAGGAGCUGCACGCGUUCGCCGGGCUCCAGGCGGCGGCGAUCCUGCCGGCGCCAUGCGAGAAGCCGUGGUCCUCGCUGUCUGCCUCUGAGCGAGAGCUGGCAGAGAGGCUCCGGUUCGUGCGCGGGACGUGGGGCGACGACCCAGAGGCCGAUGGGCGCGACGGGUGCGAGGAGGACUGGAGCGACAUCCCCUGGUCCUGGGCGGAGCUCGACCGGGCCGCUCUCUUGCCCACCGCCCUGGCGCUUGGCUUCGAGGAGCGGUCGUGGAAGGGAGGCGCGGCGGCCAAGCCGAGCCGCAAGGCGAGAGGCCGCCGGCCGAGAGCGAGACGGCCGCCGCUGCCGGGCGCCAACGCGGUCGCUGGUCCGCUCCUUGGCCUCGACGGCGCCGCCCUCGAGCCCUCGCCGCAGCCGCGCUACUUGGCGGAGCCGCCGAGAGCGCACGACGACCUCCGCCGCGCCGUGCAGUACGCGCGCACGACAGCCAACGGCCCAAACAAGUGCCAUGCCACAGCGGUUUCCCCGAGCCCUCCCUGA